AUGGCGCCCUCAGACCUCAAGUUCGACUUUGUGACGCUCGACGUCUUCACAGACACUCGCUAUGUCGGCAACCCACUCGCCGUGGUCUUCAUCCCGGCUGCGCUGCGUGGGCAACUCACCCAGGAGAAAAAGCAGGCGAUUGCCAGCGAGUUCAACCUAUCGGAGACGGUGUUCUUCCACCAGCCUGACAACGAGCUGGACACGCCGGUCACGACACGCGAGAUCGACAUCUUCACCACCACCCAGGAACUGCCCUUUGCCGGACACCCCACCAUUGGCUCGGCAUACCUUGUGCUGGACCACUUUGGCUGGGGCCAUGUCAACACUCUGUUGACCAAGGCCGGGCCGAUCCCCAUCGAGGCGGGGUCCCUAGGAGUGGGAGUGGGAGCGGGAGUGGGAGCGGGAGCGGGCAGAGGCGUGCGGGCGGCCAUCCCGUCGGCCGUGCACAUCCACCAGCACACACUGUCGAGCCUCCUCGGCAGCGGCGCGGUGCCGGCCGAUAUCCAGGGCUCCGUCGACAGCGCGCUGUCCGACGACGCCGAGAUCCGCGCGGCCGAGCUGGCGGCGCCGACGGUCAGUAUCGUGCGGGGCAUGACGUUCCUGCUGGUGCGGCUGCCGAGCCUGGCGCACCUCGGGCGCAUCUCCAUCGCGAAGCAGCUCAACUUUGCGCGCGUGCCGGGGCUCCAGGACGCCGGCGAGUGGCGCGGCGGCUUCGUCUCGCGCUACUACUACGUGGUCACGGGCGAGUCGACGGCCGCAGGCGGGGCCAGGGAGUGGGCCAUCCGCACGCGCCUCAACGUCGAGCAGGGCUUCGAAGACCCGGCCACGGGCAGCGCGGCGUGCACGCUGGCGAGCUAUCUGGCCAUCAGCACGCGCGCGGUGCACGGCGCGAGUUUCGCUCUCACGCAAGGCGUGGAGAUGGGCCGGCGGAGCGAGAUUGCGGUCGACGUGACGGCGGAGGCCGACGGCGGCAACGCGGGAGAGGUGCGGGUCAAGAACGUGUUUUUGGGCGGCACCGCCGUCUUGGUCAUGAGCGGCUCCAUUUAUGCCUGA